AUGGGCAAGGAUACUAGACUCAAGAAUAUCAAGAACACUAAAGCCAAGGCGGAGAGGAAUCCCCGUUCCAGACGUCCUGCGGCAAGGCCACGUCGGCGCCGAGCACGCUCUUCAAGCUCUGCCGAGAGCGACCUGCUCGAGACCCCUCCUCCUCCCCCGGCUCUGACUAUCCCAGUCGUCGGCGAGGACGACAUCCCUCCCCUCUUGCCUGUUGAGGAAAAGCCAUCUCAGCAGCUGGACCUCCUCGACAUCCUCCCACCGGCACCACCCCCAGGCCAACGACCAGGACCAGUAUGCGAGUCACGCACUUGCACGUCCUUUUACUUUGCUGGGCACCUUGACAACCGCAGCCAGUGGCAGAUACUUCACCAAGCCCUCGUGACGUACAUGUACGAGCUGAACAUGUCCCCGCAGGUCGCAUGGCACAAUCACCGCACAGGCGAAUUCCGUGGCAGGGAGCAAAAGUACACAAUUCUCAAUGUUGUCACAGGCUCGACGUGGACCAACGUCUUCGAGAAGGACGUGGAGGGUCUCAUCCGUAUCGUGUGGCAGGGCGGGGAUCGGAAGAUCGAAGUGUAUCGCUCCGCACACGAAUAG